UCAUCUUCCCCUACCCUUCCAGACAUGCCUCUGCUCAGGAAACAAACGGAGGACAUCAACAGCGUCUAUGAGAUCCGGGAGAAGCUCGGCUCGGGCGCCUUCUCUGAGGUGGUGCUGGCCCAGGAACGGGGCUCUGCACAUCUUGUGGCCCUCAAGUGCAUUCCCAAGAAGGCCCUCCGGGGCAAGGAGGCCUUGGUGGAGAAUGAGAUCGCUGUGCUUCGCAGGGUCAGCCACCCCAACAUCGUGGCUCUGGAGGACGUCCACGAGAGCCCUUCCCACCUUUACCUGGCUAUGGAGCUGGUGACAGGUGGUGAGCUGUUUGACCGCAUCACAGAGCGUGGCUCCUACACAGAGAAGGAUGCCAGCCACCUGGUGGGGCAGGUCCUUGAUGCCGUCUCCUACCUGCACAACUUAGGCAUCGUGCACCGGGACCUCAAGCCAGAAAACCUCCUCUAUGCCACACCCUUUGAGGACUCCAAGAUCAUGGUCUCUGACUUUGGACUCUCCAAAAUCCAGGCUGGCAACAUGCUAGGCACUGCUUGUGGGACCCCAGGAUAUGUGGCCCCAGAGCUUUUGGAACAGAAGCCCUAUGGGAAGGCCGUGGAUGUAUGGGCCCUGGGUGUCAUCUCCUACAUCCUGCUGUGUGGGUACCCCCCCUUCUAUGAUGAGAGCGACCCUGAACUCUUCAGCCAGAUACUGAAGGCCAGCUAUGAGUUUGACUCUCCUUUUUGGGAUGACAUCUCAGAAUCAGCCAAAGAUUUCAUUCGGCACCUUCUGGAGAGAGAUCCCCAGAAGAGGUUCACCUGCCAACAGGCCUUACAGCAUCUUUGGAUAUCUGGGGAUGCAGCCUUGGACAAGGACAUCCUAGGCUCAGUCAGUGAGCAGAUCCAGAAGAAUUUUGCCCGGACCCACUGGAAGCGGGCAUUUAAUGCAACCUCAUUUCUGCGUCACAUCCGUAAGCUGGGACAGAGCCCAGAGGGUGAGGAGGCCCCCAAGCAGGGAGUGGCCAGACAUAGCCACCCAGGAGGCCUCCGGGCUGGCCAGCCCCCCGAGUGGUGA